UUAAAUAUGAUGAAAAGUAUUCAGAGAAGUUGUUGUUGUGGUUAUAUUAAAAGCAAAUGUGCAGAAAUUCAUUACCAAAAAAGUAGUUUCAAAAUAUUGUGUAUAUUAUGUGAUCUUAGCACUUUAAAUUAUAUCGAGUUCUUGGAGCAUUUUCGGGAACAACAUUUAACAGAAUUUAUAAAAACUUUUAAAAACACAAAUGAGCCGGCCUCUAAACCAAAUAAUAAUAACGAUGAAAAUAACACAAAAAUAAAUCCAAAUGAUCCGCUGGAGUUAGAGGAACAGAUUGUUGAAAAAGAUUCUAAUAAUUUUUUAGAAACUGAAUUGGAUUCUUUUCUUGAAGCUACUUUGGAAGUUAAUAAUUGCAUAAAAUAUGACAACAAUGAAGUAUUAAAUAAUGAUAGCGAAGAAAAUGAAGCAAAUAGCGAUUUAAAAUUAGAAACAACACUGAUCAGCCCGGUAGAGCAAAAAAGUAAAAUAAAUUAUAACACACAGUGCGAUUUGCUUUCCUUUGAUGAUGACUGUUUACAAAUGAUAAGUGCACAUAAUGAAGACAGCCUAGAUAAUGUUGCUUCUAUAGAUUCUUCGAAAUUAGCUGAAUGUAAUGAAGAUAUAGAUUGGAAUAAACCUUAUGCUCCAACUUUAUUAAAAAAUCAUGAAAAGCGACCGUAUAAGCCACGCAAUAAACCUAAUGUUUGCAUGUAUUGCGGUCGAACAUUUCGGCGACGUUAUCAGCUAGACACACAUUUAAAUAUUCACACUGGAAAAAAGCCGCACCAAUGCGAUAUAUGUGGACGUCUUUUUCGCGCUGUUACUACUUUGACACGACAUCUUAACACACAUGAACAACGUAACAAAUUCAGUUGUCAAUUUUGCAGAAAAGUUUUUACGCAUAAAGCUGCACAUUUAAGUCACGAGUUGCGCCACACUCAACAAAGGAGUAUUCCAUGCGAUGAAUGUGAAAAAAUAUUUUACACAACCAAUCAAAUGGACACACAUAAACGUAAAGUACACAAUAAAGUUGAUGAUGAUGACUUACCAUUUGCAUGUGAUCUCUGUAAAAAUCGUUACCGCAGCGCCUCAAUGCUGAGUACACACAAACUAAAAAAACAUUAUAAAACAGCCAAAUUCAUAUGCGAACAGUGUGAUAAGAAAUUUAUUAAUGAACAGUUAUUGGAAAAUCAUAAACUAAUUCAUAUAGCCAAACUUACAAAGAGUUAACAACAGUUUUUAAUUCCAUAUACAGAUUAAAAUUUAUGUUUUUAAGGUAUUAAUUAAAUUGUCCUUAGCCCUAUAUUACCAUAAAAUUUUAAAUAGAAGGCAUUCUCUUUUGUUAUAAACUACAUAAUAUAUAAAUAUACAAACUAAA